ACUCAGCGACGCGUGCCUCGAGAUCAUGAAAAAUGAAAAUUAAAAAUUCAAUAAAUAAAAUUUCUACACAAAAUACCAAGAAACCUGCACAAGAUGAUGAAAAUCUCCCACCCAAAUAAAAAGGAGACAUAGAAGCACACAGAAGCUUUCUAUUUCUGCCCUUCUUCUUCCUCUCCCCAUUUUUCACCUUUCUUCCUCUCUCUCUCUCUCUCUCUCUCUCUCUCUCUCUAAACACUGUCAGCCAUGUUUGAAGAAUCUGUGACAUCCCUGCCUUCUAUUUGGGCUUCCAUGAACAGCUGGUUCACUCCAACUGUCCUCUUCCUCCUCCUCAAUGUCAUGAUUGGCACCAUCGCCAUUGCUUCAAACUUAGGCUCCACCCAGAAACACCAGGACCCGCAGCAGCACGAGAACCACCACCAAGGCGGAGGCCUCGCCAGAUCUCCAUCUAUGCUGCAGAGGCUCAAAUCCAUCAACCUCUACCAGUACAGAUCCCCGGAGCCACACGCCACCACUUUCGAGCAACACCCAGAAACUACCGAGGCCACACAUUACGCUUUUAACCACACCCACGAGCUCGAACAGCCCCAAUUGACCAGAUCCCCUUCUCUGCUGCAGCGGCUCAAGUCCAUCAAUUUCUACCCAUCUCAGCCCACCGCCGCCGCUGCCCCUCCGCACAAAACCCAUGAGCCGGAAUCCCACUUCGAGCAAGCUCCCGAGCACGACGAGUUCCCAGAUGACGACCGUUUUGAAGAACACGAACACCCAGAACCAGAAACUCCAGAUUUUUUAGAAGCAGGGGAUAAACAGAGCAGUCUGGAGGAGGUUUUCAGUCAGCUGAAGCCGUUGCUGGACCACCAUGUGAGCCGGACCAAGUCGGACACCAAGCCGGCGUCCGGCGAGGUGCCUGCCAAGCUCCCGAAGAAGAUGAAGAAAUCUGCGAGCUCCAAGUCUGCUUUCGCUCACUUUCCAGAGGAUGAUGUCGCCGAGAUUCGCCGGCCGGCGACGAUGAGGGAGAGGAAGGUGGCGAAGGCGGCGGAGGACGACGACGAGGUGGAUGCGAAGGCGGAUGAUUUCAUCAACAGGUUCAAGAACCAGCUGAAGUUGCAGCGGUUGGAUUCGAUCAUAAGGUACAAGGACAUGAUUACUAGAGGGAGUGAUAAGUGAAGGGAAAAUUUUAAUUAUUUUCUCGGAUUGGGUGGUUUUUUUAAUUUUGGUUAAUUUUGGGGGUCGAAUGGAUGCAAUGUAGAUCUGCUCACUUCUCUUCUGCUUUGUGUUUGUACUAUUUGUUCAAAUAUUUGCCCUUUAUGACGUCA